GGAGGUUGGUUGAGUUAGCUAGCUUUGGAACCUUUUUAUGCCUCUACUACUGUAACGUUAGCUAAUUACAACGUAAACCAAGACAUUACAUGGCUGUCUGGCUAAAUUGUUAAUUGAACCUAACGUUACAAUCAGUAACUAUAACGCUAUCUGGGAAUAUAACAUUAUUCAACGUUACUCCUCAUCCCUAACUUUAGUCCCGAAUCAACAUGAGUGAUCCUUGGCAAGAGUGUAUGGAUCACUGUGUGGAGGUCACCAAAAAGGCUGGGAGGAUGAUCCGCGAGGCGCUCCAGAAAGACAUCACCGUCAUGCACAAGAGCUCACCAGUUGACCUGGUGACUGAGACGGACCAGAAAGUGGAACAGCUCAUUAUCUCUUCCAUCAAGGAAAAAUACCCUACUCAUAGCUUCAUAGGUGAGGAGUCAGUAGCAGCAGGCGCUCCCAGUGUUCUAACUGACAGUCCUACGUGGAUCAUCGACCCUAUUGAUGGUACCACCAACUUUGUUCACAGGUUCCCAUUUGUGUCUGUAUCAAUUGGCUUCACUGUGAAGAAAGAGAUAGAGUUUGGGGUUGUCUACAGCUGCAUCGAGGACAAAAUGUACACAGCACGGAAAGGGAAUGGGGCAUUCUGCAAUGGAGACCCGAUUAAAGUGUCAGGACAAGAAGAUAUAAGCCAAUCUCUGGUACUAACAGAAAUGGGCUUCAGGAAGAAUCCGGAGCAUUUCAAAACAAUGUUGGCCAACAUCAAGACCAUCCUCACCAUCCCUGUGCAUGGUAUCCGCUCCCCAGGCAGUGCCGCUGUCAACAUGUGUUUGGUAGCGUGCGGAUCGGCUGAUGCUUACUACCACAUGGGCAUCCACUGCUGGGACAUGGCUGGGGGGGCAGCGGUUGUUACUGAAGCUGGAGGAGUUAUCAUGGACAUUUCAGGUGGACCGUUUGAUGUGAUGUCCCGGAGGCUGAUCAUCGCCAGCAGCAGAGCAAUAGCAGAACGCAUCGCUAAGGAGAUAACCGAGUUUCACGUCGGGAGGGACGACACAGUUGGCGAGUAAAUUUCCAUCAUUUCCUCUACCAACUUUUCAGAUAUUAAAUCACCUGUCUGACUCCAUUUACUGUAAUAAGUCACAACUCUGUCUUUGCCUUAAUAAUAUUAAUAAUAAUAAUAGUAGUAAUAAUAAUA